AUGUAUUCUAGUACCGUCCCGGAUGAUGGUGGCGGUUUGUUCCAUGCGGACCACACUGCACGUGCCAGCUAUCGGCGCGAGUUCGAGGAGAUGGAAAGCCGCAUACGAAGGUGUGAACGACAGCGGGCCGAAUUGGAACGCCAGUUCGAAGAUCUGAUGCGCGAAAGAGCGGACUGCGAAAAGGCUGCCGUGCGGGCGAUGAGGCAACGGCAACGACGCCAGAUGGAGGCAGAAAGGCAACGAGCGGAGCGUAACGAAAGUAUCCUUCGGAUGUUGAACAAAAUCGAUCAACAGGCGGCAUCGUUAGCUGCCAAAACGGAUCGGCUGAAGAUGUUAAAGACGCAAUACGAGAUGUAUCUGAUGCGAACCUGGUCGACAGCACCGCAAGCCAUACCAUCGUACAGUGUUCCGAUGAUCACUGCACCCCCAGCAGUGCAUACGAAACUGCCCCAAAGUCCUCAAAAAUCCGGAUUUGUUCAAUACCUUAGCGAACUGACGCAUCAGCAAACGGCCAGCAUUAAUUCCAUUCCACCUCCGACGGCUUUAAGCAACUAUCUUGCAUCGCAGCAGAAACCAUUCGUGCCGGCAUCUUCCCAUGCUGCUGCAGUUCCCCAAGAACGUCCAUAUUCGAGAGCGUUUAACAGCAAUGGUGGCUUACAGGACGAACCAACGGUGAUGCACUAUGGAGUCAAUACAGCGCAAAUGGCCCUCGGUGGUACGAAGGCAAACAAGUUUGAAAUGUCGAACGAAGAUUUUAUCCGGUACAUUGACAGCGAGGUGCUUAAGGAACCGAUACCGAAGGUAAGCAUCGUUGCUCCUUCGCCGGUAGUAGAGGUGGAUGAGGUGAAACAGACUGGAGAGCCAUACCUUGAAGAUGCCACGAUGAGUGAAGAUGAGCCGAUUGGAGAGCUGUCGAACAAGUUGAGGGAGUUCAGCAUUAUGGCUGAUGCUGAGAGCAAGAACGAUACACAGAACAAUCCUACAAAUGGUCAAUCACAAGAUGAAUCACAACAAUUGGACGAGGUGAUGGAAAAUGCUCUUGAAUAUCUAGCAUCUUCUGAGACGAUCGCGCCAGACAAAGAUCACUCUUUCAAUGAACCAUCGCCGGUUGGAACAGUUAAAGACGACCGUGAAAAGAUUGUAGAAACGAACUCUCACAUGGAACAUGAAAGGCAAAAUAAUGUUGAAAAGGAUGUCCAGGAGUUGGCGGCUAAUUUUAUAACGCCUGAAAUGGACAUUCCACACGAUGAUGCAGAGAUCCAACCCUUAACAGCUGAAGAUUCCUAUGGUUUCCACGGCACAAUGCAUCAAGAAGAUAUCAGUGCCACUAACGACGUAAUGUACGCACCAACAGACGAAUCUAAUGUGAAUUAUCUCGAAGUACCUCCGGUACAACCCGAAGAACCAUUGUACGAUAAUCAGCAGUACAGUACCUCGAAUGAAGUAUCUCAACCUGAGCCUGUUCCAGAACUUAAUGCGCAACAGUUUCAGCAACCGAUCCAACAGCCUGGAACAAGAAACCAACAUUGGACGACUGCAAGACAAGCCUUGCGUUCGAAAGCAUUCCCUGGAGGUUCCUUCAAGCCACCGUCCCCAGAAACGGAUCUACACGAGCAAACCGGUCAGCAAGGUGGCUCGCAUGGAAUAGUGUCAGCUGUGCCCGAAGAAAUCAGCAACAUCGAGCAAGCAGUUGUACAGAAUGAUCCUUCCAUGGCUGAGUAUCCUGCGUAUUCGGUAGAGUCAAGCGAUCCCUACUACCAAACGGAUGUCAGUGCCGGUGCUCAUCAAUCGACGGAACAAAUGCAGCCGCCUGUCAUAAGUCAAGGUUAUCAUAAUGAUGCGAUGGGGCAACCGGUAGAGUACCAACAAGAGGAUGCACAACAAACCGUUGCCUAUCAGUACGGGAACAAUCAGGAAGGACAAUACGUGGAAGGUGAAGCAGGAGAGCCGCAGUAUCAGUACCAAGAAGCUAUCGAUCCAACUGCCAGUUCUUACGCAACCCAGGAAGGAUAUCAGGAUCCGAAUCAGCAGUAUCAGUAUGAUGAGAAUGCACAGUACUACAACGAUCAGCAAGCGUACGACGCACAGUACUAUAAUCAAGAUCCGCAGCAACAGCAACAGUACUACAUGGACGAGUCUAAUCAACAGCAGGCAGGGCAGUAUGAGCAACAGGUGGGUCAAUCCCACGAUGACCAGCAACAGACCCACCCAACAGACCACCAUCUACCGGCAGCUGAACCAAACGAUCAAACGGCGUACUAUCCGACCGACGUGCAGUACGAACCAAUUGCACCUAAUCCCGAACAAAUGGAACCGCUGUCAAGUGCUGCUACUGCUGCUGGUGGUAGUGCUCCCGCACAAGCGGGUGACGAACAGAAGCCAGUUGAGACAUCGGCCGUUGUCGGCACCCCGUUGGUGAAAGAUAAACAAGAGAAGAAAGGUACCGAGGCGCAACAGCCUACGACGGCCGAGCAAAAGCCCUCCGCCUGCAAGGAAGCACCGGAUCCGGGAUCGGAUGUGCCAACCUUGAGCACCGUUAACGAUGAAAGUGAUUUCGAUUUCUCCUCACAGUGA